AUGGGAUGCACUCUCUUUGAGAUCUUGGGAUGCGGCACACUCUUCGAGCACUGGUUUCCGGAUAUGGACCAGACAGUGACGGAGAUGAUUAGCACCUUGGGACCAAUGCCAAUGCGGUGGUGGGACAAGUGGUCUGCUGAAGCAAAGAGUAGGUCUUUUAACGAGGACGGAUCUUGGAAAGAAGGAGCUUUCGUGAGAUCAUUGACGGAUCGAUUGCAGACCCUAGCUUCGAAGAACCCUAGCAAAGAAAUUGAACCACUCAAUUGCAGCGACGAGGAGUUUGCAAGCUUGGAAGACCUGUUCAAGAAGAUGCUGACUUACAAGCCUGCGGAGAGGGCCACAGUAAGCGAGGUGGUGGCUUCGAAGUGGAUGCAGAAGUGGGCAAUUCCAAGCAUCACCGAACCUUCGUCUCCGGUCAAUCUGGACUUUUUGGCGGAGAGGUAUCGUAAGAAGUUGGCGCGAGUUGCGGAAAACGAGGAACGCAGGGCGGCCAUGCGAGAAAGGCGGGCGGAGAAAGAUGCACUGCGGGCCGAGAAGAAGAAGAUAAGGGUGUGUGAAAGAGAAGAGCUGUCAGAUUCUGAGCUUGCUCAAUUGGAACUCUUCAAGUGGAACCAGAAACUUCAGGAGGAAGCGGAGCUUCGAGAGGUUGAAGGCGGGAGAGCAUCAGGGCCUGACUCGCUCUCCCAGAACCCGGAUCACAACUCCUGUACAAUAAGCAACCCACCAGUUCCGCCUCAAGAGCUUAGAUGAGCUCCGACUUGACAGAAAAAUUCUGCUUAUGGGGGUCUCUAAAGCAUGGGUAUCAUAAUAGGGUCACGAUGGCAUCAGCAGAUGCAUGUACUUUUAGGUC